CAGCGUCUCUCCUGGUUACCAGUCCUCACUGAGCUCAACAACACGAUGCUCAGUGACAGUCUAGCAAACAGAAAGGCGAUUUCAGCUGAGAAAUGUCAUGGACUGAGCUCAAGAGGAGCAGGGGAGGAAAGCUGUCCUCCGCUGAGGAGAAGCUGGAUGAAUAUUUAAUCGACCUUCAGCACAAAAACAGGGCGUUGAGAAGACUGCAGAGGAAAGAUCCCCGUCAGGAGGAGUUGGAGGUUUUAGAGCAGGGCUUCAAUCUGUACAUCAACGGCGCUCACAUCAACACUCACCACAGAUCCAGCAGGAGAAGCACACAGCCUUUAGACGCAGCCCAUCCACCGACACACAGGAACACACGCACUGCUGAUUCAUCCAGAGCGAGUGCGGAGGAGUGUGAACCAGAUCGACAGGCACAGAGGAGCCACACGGCACCUGAGAAAACACACAGACGCCGAUGGGUGCAGGAAUCUGUGUACAUCUGCACUGAGAGAGGAAGUAAAGAGAAGAUUUCAGCGGAGCCCAGAUACUCCGAUGAUUUUGAGCCGGACGACACCGUGGAUAUGGAGUCUGCUCAUGAAAGCAGUAAAGCGUCUCAUUCCCUCGCUCAGAGGUCACGCAGUGAGCCGGAGCCGGUCCACAGAGUGCUUCUGAAUCCUGACCAGGUCAAGGCCCUGCGUCGCAGUCUGGAGGAGAGCGUCCGGCGCAGCACUCGAGACUCAGCCGGAGAGGAGUCGGAGGAGGACUGGAUCGAAGAACAGAUCGAUAGAGAGGAGAGCAGCGAAAGCCUUUCUGACCUCACACUUCCUGUCCAACACACAAGCCGGCCAAUCAACAAGCAGCUCGGACAUGGUGACCUCAUCAUGCUGGAAUUUGGCCCCUCCUCACAAGGCGGACGAAAGAUCGAACACUCUCUCUCCGCUAAAAGAAAGGACAACGUGGAGUCGUACAUCCCUACCAAACCAGUGACCGUGAGGAGACCGACCGAGAGAGUGUGUGAAAGUACACAGGCGAUGUCACGGUCGUGCAGUCGCGUCGAGCGCCCCCUGUCUGCGGCCCGUAAGGUGCAGGAGCAGAGAGAUCCAGACGAGACGGCUGUCGGUGUGUUUCAGGCCCUGCAGAGAGAAAACACACCCCUGGAAACACACCGACAGAGAGAACAGGAGAGGAGGACGGCCCAACACACACCGGCGGAGGAAGAUGAUGAUGAUGAUGAUCAAUAUCGGGUUAACAGAGCUAUGCGGAGAAUCGCUCUCAUGGAACCCAGGCAGCAGAAGUGUUUGUUAAAGGCUCUGGAGAGGAUCGAUGCUGACGAUCAGUCUGAUCUCACUGACAGCAGCAGCUUCACUCUUCCUCAGAAGGACGUCUCUCUGCAGGUGACGCCCACUCUUUAUGUAACCAUGGAAAUCUUGUCAAACUGGGGUCACCCGGGUCAGGUCGGCCUCACAGAAGUUCAGUUCUUCUGUCCUCAAGGCCAAAAACUCUACGUGUCUCCACAUGACCUGGACAUUCGAAACACGGACCAGCCCGGGAAUCUCUCUGCCCUCGUCAACGGGAAAACUAAAACCACAAAAGUGCGUCACAUGUGGACGUGUGCGUUCCACCCGCCGGUCCAGCUGUAUUUUAUCAUCAGGAAUGUGGAACGAUCCCCGGGGUUCAACAUCUCUCGCAUCAGAAUUUGGAAUUAUAACCACAGCAUUAAUGAUCUGGACGUGGGCGCUCGGCAUGUUCGCUUGUAUGUGAACAGCACUCUGGUCUUCGAGGGUCAGCUGGAGAAGGGUUGUGGUAACCAAGUCUUUGACUACAACAACUCCAUUGAACUCCAGGAACCACAUCUCCCAGAGUGCACCACUCCAAGCCCUGUCUCUUCAGGACACAGUCUGCAAGACUGCAGCCCACAUGACCAUGAGCCUCAGGAGUCGAAUACUGACAUCCCAGUUGUAGAAACAAACCAGGACAAAUCAGAGAGUGACACUAACCUGGUUAACCCUGGCAGCUGUGUGGCGGCAAUGCAAAGAGACUCUCCAGCUUUAGAUCUCUCUUUACCCUCUGAACGCAAGCAUGUGGAGGCGAUGGAGACGGUGACCACGCAACCAUCCUCCAGUCGGAUCCCACUUUGGCUCCGGCCUGUGAAUCAGAGCGCACCGGAUGAAGCCAAAGCGUCUCGACCUCAGUGGCUCCAACAGCAGAACACAUCCAAACACUCAGUGCUCCCUGAAAUCUCAUGCAACCCCGUACGUGCCUGCAAAGAGGCCUCCAGCCACAAGGGGGCGCAGAGGAGAGCGUCCCGGAAACUCAGUUCUGAUUCCUUGGAUUUGGACCCCGAUUUGGGGCUGAGUUAUAAGCUUGAGGCUAAACAUGAGAGAGACCCGAGCAUGCAGACAGAACAAGAAUCGCACCUAGAGCAACAGUUGAGCGAUCGGUUGGACCAGGAUUUGGACCUGUGGGAUGAGCGCUUUGAGAGGACGGAGCGACCCGUCAGUGGCAGGAGAGGUUCAGCACGAUCUCUACACAAAACACAACCCAACCGCAGCAGCGACUUCACCGCAACAGAGGAAAGCAGCCAAUCAUCCGGCCAAAACAGAAGACUCAAGCCUCAUUGGUGUGAACCGGAUGACCCGUUAAUGGAAUCAUGGGACUCGUUAACAAAAUUUAACCAGUGUCAGCGAGGGCGAAUCUCCAACAUGGGACUGGAGGGCGAUAUUUUUGAUGAGUUUGUUCAGCGUCAGUCCCGCUCGACACCCGCCUCCACCCGACGCCCCUCCGCCUCAGCGCUGCCUGGUUUUGACGACCCUGAAGAUGACCCUCGCGACCCUGAUGAGGACUUCGAGAUCCCGGUGCUCCCGCAAGGCCGCCACCUCGUCAUUAACAUCAUGUCCACGUGGGGCGACCGUCACUACGUCGGCCUCAACGGUAUCGAGAUCUUUUCCUCCACCGGUGAGCCGGUCAAACCAGUCCACAUCACUGCCGACCCGCCUGACAUCAACAUCCUGCCGGCCUACGGGAAAGACCCACGGGUCGUCACCAACCUGAUAGACGGCGUACACCUGACGCAGGACGACAUGCACCUCUGGCUGGCUCCGUUCACCCCGGGACGCAGGCACGUGAUCUCCGUGGAUCUGGGUGUUAGAUGCUGCCUCGCGAUGAUCCGUGUUUGGAAUUACAACAAGUCCAGGAUACACUCGUUCAGAGGAGCAAGAGAAAUGGAAAUGAGUCUUGAUGGACGUUGCAUCUUCCAAGGGGAGAUCGCCAAAGCUUCUGGAACGCUCUCAGGAGCCCUGGAUCAGUUUGGAGAUACGAUCCUGUUCACCACCGAUGAUGACAUCCUGGAGGCCAUGGCCCGGUUUGAUGACACGUUUGGGGGUGAGCUGGAGACGGAUGUGCCGAGCGUUGAGGAAGAGGAGCUGCAACGCCCGCGUACGGCUGACGGGGAAGGAGAGGAGAGACCCUUCACACAGGCCGGCUUCAGGAGCAAGGAGACGCCGAUGGAUCUGGACUGCAUGCCCUCCGCUGAACCCUGUGCUGAUGAUGCUGCACAGGAGACAACUGGACUUUACACGGGCAGCAUCCUGCAGAUGAAUCUGAUGUCAUCGUGGGGUGAUCCUCACUAUGUGGGAUUGACAGGGUUAGAAGUCGUUGGUAAGGGCGGUGAGAGUAUCCCUCUUGAUGUCUCUAUGGUAACAGCAUCACCGUGUGACCUCAACGACCUCCCAGAGUACAGCAAUGACCUUCGAACUCUGGACAAGUUGUUUGAUGGGACGAAUAUCACGUCAGAUGAUAAACACAUGUGGCUGAUUCCCUUCACAUCUGGCUGUGAUCACACACUCACCGUGAGGUUCGACCAGCCGCAGACGAUCACCGGAUUCAGAAUAUGGAACUACAACAAAUCGCCUGAAGACUCUUACAGAGGGGUGAAGGUUGUGCACGUGUUCCUGGACGGAGUGUGUAUUUCUCCUCUCGAGGGAUUUCUCAUUCGCAAAGGUCCGGGGAAUUGCCACUUCGACUUCGCACAGGAGGUUCUGUUCAUUGACUACCUUCAGUCCAACCCGAGCACUGCCGCCCUCACUGCCACCAGCAAAAACACUGAUGACACGCAUGCUGACUGGGGUGGGACCCGGAGAGAUGAGUUGGACAGUAUGGAUUAUGAAGCUCCAUUGAGGCCGUGUGGAUUUAUCUUCCAGUUACAGUUGUUGACAACGUGGGGCGACCCAUACUACAUCGGCCUUAAUGGACUGGAGUUUUAUGACCAGAACAACCAGAAGAUACCGCUCAGUGACAACAACAUCGCUGCGUUCCCCGACAGCGUGAAUGUGUUGGAUAACGUGUGUGGUGACGUCCGCACACCUGAUAAACUGAUCGAUGGGAUCAAUAACACACAUGAUGGGCGACACAUGUGGCUCACACCAGUGCUGCCUGGACUGGUGAACCGUGUGUAUGUCAUCUUUGACCAGCCAAUGACUAUUUCUAUGAUCAAAUUAUGGAACUAUUCCAAAACACCUCAACGAGGAGUCAAGGAAUUUGGGCUCCUAGUCGAUGACCUGUUGGUCUAUAAUGGGAUUCUAGAGUGUGUGAAAAACGUUUCUCGGGGAAUUCUGCCGACCCUGGAUCCCGUCGUUCCUCACCACACCAUACUGUUCUCAGACAACACGCGAAUCGCACACCGAGAGAAGAGCACCAUUACCAGCACUCAUGUGGAGGACCAGGAUGUGAAAUUGACCAAUGAGAAUCAGAUCAUUCACCAGCACAAGAAGAAACAGACAGCGGACCCAGCUCUCCGGCCCAAAACCUGCAUGACGGACACACGGAAACACGGAAAGCAGCGAUACUGAGGGCAAGACCACAGGACUUAUGAAAGCAGGUUUCGUUUCUCUUUUUCCCUCUGGGAAUAUUUGGAAAAAUCAGUGACCUCAACACACAAACACACACUCUAACUGUAUGAUAGAGCUUGUUUUUGCUAUGAUGUUGUUGUAUUGUACUUGACAGUCAUGUUUUAAACUUGCAGGGGUGCCCAACCCUGCUCCCUGCACAGUUCAUCUCCAACCCUAAUCAGACACACCUGAACCUGAAGACCUUAAUUGGUGGCUUCAGGUGUGUUUGAUUAGGGUUGUGUGUAGGACAGCCGAUCGGCAGGAGCAGGUUUGGACACCCCUGUUUUAAAGUAAGUGUCCUUGUGAUUAAUAUUCACCAGUACAUCUAUUUUCACGUGUUACACUUGGGAUAAAAUGAAUUCAUAGAUUAUAUAUCCUGCAGCCAUAUUUCGUCUAAUUGUGUAGAAAUUUCGUAAUAUAUCAGCAACAUUUCAGAUUUACACAGUUUUUCUAAGCCUUUCACAGUCCAUUCAAAACACUAUUACAACUAUUAUGCAAAUGAUGCCAGUUUACCUCACUGUAAAUAUGAUUAAAUAUCACCUAUGACUUUA